AUGACCGACCGCACGGACGCCAACCUGCGCGCCUCGUCGCCUUCCAAUAAGUUCAGCAGCAGCAGCAGCAAAGGCGCGGCCAACUUCCGCACGGAGGAGAUUCGGGGUUAUUUGCUGAAAAAAACGCGCGAAGGCAAGUGGCAGAAGCGCUGGUUCGAGACAAAUGGCUGCUUCCUCACGUACUACAAGAAACAAGGUCAGAAACUGCUGGCAGCACUCAAUCUGCCCCAAGUUGGCGUCAUCACGCUGCUUCAGGAAGACCACGCUGACGGCCCCGGUCUUUUUACCAUUGAACUGAACGAGCGCGUGUAUACGAUCAAAGCGAGCUCCCAUGAUGAAGCCGCAUUUUGGGUCGACGCGCUGCUAUGGCGUCAAGCUGGCGGCAUGGUCAAAAAGUCGUUGGAGGUGAACAAGCAGACAGUUGGUGACGUGCCCUCGAUGGAUCUGGCAGAUAGUGUCUGCAGCUCAGCAGCUUCUACUCCUACCAACUCUAUGUACGCGGAAAAGAUGGGCCUGCAUCACGCAGACGUGAUGUCUAUCAAUCCGGAUAAUGUGGGCAAAAAUGGAGCUCCGUGUGCAGCCUGCUGCGUUGUGCAAUAA